AUGGGAGAAGGUACCAUUGAUUUUGUGUACUGUGCUGUGAGUGCUGCUGCAGGGAGCUCAGCAGAGAGCAUGGACCAGCUGGGAACCCACAACCUGAAUGCAGUGACAUAUAAUGAUGUGCAUGUCGAUAUCACUCAGGAAGAGUGGGCAUUGAUGGAUCCUUCACAGAAGAAUCUCUACAAAGAUGUGAUGAUGGAGACCUAUAUGAACCUCACAGCUAUAGGCUACAAUUGGCAACGUUUUGAAGUUGAAGAACAUUGUCAAAGUUCUCAAAAUCAUGCAAGGCAUGAAAAAAGUCAUACUUCAGAGAAAUCACAUGACUAUACUGAUUGUUGUAAAGCCUUUGUAUGUCAUAAUCAUCCUCAACGGCAUGAAAAAACACAUCCUGGACAGAAAUCCUAUGAAUAUACUCAAUAUGGUAAAACCUUUGCACAACACUGUCAUCUUCAAAGGCAUGAAACUACACAUACCGUUAAAAGACUUUAUGAAUGUAGUCAAUGUGGCAAAGCCUUUGCUCAUUGGAUAGUUCUUCAGUUGCAUAGAAGAACACACCUUGGAGAGAAACCCUAUGAAUGUAAACAAUGUGGUAAAGCCUUCACACAGUCCAGUCAUCUUGAAGUACAUAAAAAAACACAUAAUGGAGUGAAACCCUAUGAAUGUAAUCAGUGUGGAAAAGCCUUUGCUCAAAACAGUGCUCUUCAAAGGCAUGAAAGAACACAUACUGGAGAGAAACCCCAUGUAUGUAAUCAGUGUGGUAAAGCCUUUGCUCAACACAAUGCUCUUCAAAGGCAUGAAAGAACACAUACUGGAGAGAAACCCUAUGAAUGUAAUCAGUGUAGUAAAGCUUUUUCUCGUCAUAGUAAUCUUCAAUUGCAUGAAAGAACACAUACAGGAGAGAAACCCUAUGAAUGUAAUCAGUGUGGUAAAGCCUUUGCUCAACACAAUGCUCUUCAAAGGCAUAAAAGAGCACAUACUGGUGAGAAACCCUAUGAAUGCAAUCAGUGUGGUAAAGCCUUUGCUCAUCAUAGUAAUCUUCAAUUGCAUAAAAGAACACAUACGGGAGAGAAACCCUAUGAAUGUAAUCAGUGUGGUAAAGCCUUUGUACAGCCCAGUCAUCUUCAAGUACAUAAAAGAACACAUACUGGAGAGAAACCCUAUGGAUGUUAUCAGUGUGGUAAAGCCUUUGCUCAACACAGUGCUCUUCAAUUGCAUGAAAGAACACAUACUGGUGAGAAACCUUAUGAAUGUAAUCAGUGUGGUAAAGCCUUUCCUGGACACAGUGCUCUUAAAUUGCAUGAAAGAAUACAUACAGGAGAGAAACCUUAUGAAUGUAAACAAUGUGGUAAAGCCUUUGUACAGCCCAGUCAUCUUCAAGUACAUAAGAGAACACAUACAAGAGAGAAACCCUAUGAAUGUAAUCAGUGUGGUAAAGCCUUUGCUAAAAACAGUGCUCUUCAAAGGCAUGAAAGAACACAUACUGGAGAGAAGCCCUAUGAAUGUAAUCAAUGUGGUAAAGCCUUUGCACAGCCUGAUUAUCUUCAAGUACAUAAAAGAAAACAUACAGGAGAGAAACCCUAUGAAUCUAAUCACUGUGGGAAAGACUUUGCUCAUCAUAGUGCUCUUCAUUUGCAUGAAAGAACACAUAUGGGAGAAAAAAACUAUGAAUGA